AUGCCGGACCCUGGGGCAGCUGCCGGGCAGCUCCACAGGGGGAGGACCCCGAGCGCAGCCAGGCGGAAUCUCUCCAUGGACCCGCAAGACGCAGAAGCGGUCGCCCUGCAGGAGAUUGUGGUGGCUGGGGCCAUCAAUCAGCAGAUCCAACAGGCAGACGGAAGGAACACCGGCGCGAAUGCGAGCAGCGGACCAAAUUACAGUUUCGCAGCUCCGACACACGGGAGAGGAAACACAUUGAGACCCAGCAACCUCCCAGGCCCACAGCAUGCGGACUCCAAACCCCAGCAGUGGGAGCAACCACCAGGGGAUGAAAGCAGGGGCCGGCAGGGCAAGGCGGCCAGAUCUGGCGUGGAGGGAGGCAACGCCUCCGUGCACCGGCUGGCGGCUGACUCAACCCGCAGCAGCCAGGAGGGCGGCGGCCGGCGCCGGCCGACCCCCAAGGGGAUUCCCCCGUCUCCUGGGAGUUGGUGGAAGUUCAAUGAGGAUCUGGACGAUGAGGCCAAGGCGACAAAGCCCUUCUGGCGGCGGUGGAAGUUCUACCGGACCACCUUUCUCUUCCUCACCAGUUUUGCGCUGAUCGUGGCGGGGGUUCUGCUGCGCGUGCUGAACACUCAGGGGCUGCCCACCGGCAAGAACGCGCCGCCCAUCAACGGCUGGCAGCGAUUCAAGGCGGAGCUGCGGGACUUUGAGCUGUGGCGCUGGUUCUUCUUCUUCGGCGGCCUGGCCCCGAUCUGGUGGUUUGGCGACUUUGUGGUCCGGCUGCUCGUCUUCCUGGUGGAGAGCGCCUUUCUCAACACCAAGAAUGUCAUGUACUUCCUGGUCGCCAUCCGGAAACCAUUCGGCCACUUUGUGAGGGCGGUGCUCCUGAUGCCGCUGUAUGUGCCUUUGUUCUCACCCAAGGCCUACUCCUCGGAUACUGCCUCCACCGUCUAUGUGUACGUGCUCAAGGCGAUAGCGUGCCUGAUCCUGUUCACGUUUGCGAAUGUGCUGUCGACGCUGCUGGCCAAGAUGAUGGCCUCGCAUUUCCACAAGGCCACCCACUUCCAUAAAAUGCAGGAGGCAAUCCGCAAGGAGUAUUACCUCUCGGUGCUAUCGGCGCCGCGGCCGGGCCGGGGCCCGCGCCAGCCGUUUUCCAGUGACGUGGACCUCUACAAAAUGGGCUCUACCGGCAUGAAUUGCAGCGGCAGCGACGGGGAAGGAAUUGGACUUGCCGGCUCAAAACUCAACCGCAGCACUGUCUUCUCCAAUCAACUCUACAACGCCCUGGUUGCGCCGGUGGCAAAAGUGCUGCCAGGCGGGCAGGGCCGAGCGGCAUCAGCGCCCCUCAACUUCAGCUUCCACAGCGCCACCGGAGCGAGCCCCCCGCACCGAGAGGGGGGUCUCCAGCCCACAGCUGCAGCCUCGGGCCCCUCGGGUGCACCCCCCUCUAUUGCUACCCCCGAUGGCUCAGCCGCAGGGAUCAUCUUUUCGAAUCCGCUGGCGCUGCCUCCCGUGAGCGCGCCGCCGAUUCAGGUCCCCCACACUGUGGCGUCCCCCCCGCGGCGGCCACCGGCGCUACCGGAAGGGGUACCGCCGACGCCUAGACUGGCCGCGCAUGCCAAGGAGAACCUCAGCCUGCCCAAUGGCCCUGAGCUCUCGCUGGCAAUGCCAACCCUGGACAAAGAAGCGCCAGUGAAUGCGACGACUGAUGAUUACUACGGCCCCGGCAACGCUGAGAGGGUGGCGGCUGCGCGCGCGAGCGCCAGGAGGAAGCUGCUUAGUAAUUCCAGCCGUGACUCAUUCACCACCGCCCCGGACACCACCCCCGGCUCCGCUGCAGGCGCGCAGAACGCGCAGCAUCCCGCUACCCUGACGAGGCUGAUCUGGCGGCGUUCUCUGCUGAGGUGGCGCCUCUACCUCAGCAUAGCGCUCGCAGCAGCCAGCGCCGACUCUUCAGCAGCAGCCCUUUUUCGCGCAAGGCAAGAUUUCCAUUUUGUUGGCACCGCAGAGGUCGAGAGGUCGGAGGGAAGCCGGCAGAAGCUGCUCAAUCCGCUGGCCAAGGAGGGCAGCGGAGCAUUCCACAAGUUUUCCUCCAUCUCCUUGGGGCAGCAGAAGUUCAGCCCCGAAGACCUCAUUGUUGAAACCAUCGCCAACUCUGAAAAGCCACCGGACCUGCGGGAGGGGGAUGCAAAGGGUGAGGCGAUGGCGGCGCGGCUGCAUGCGGUGGAGAAGCACCUGCGCAAGAACCCGCUGCAGGGGGGACUCUUCGUCGACAAACUCCAGCGCUCCACGUCCAAGAAGGGCGUCCAGGAAGCUGCGGAGAAGCAGGCAAAGCGAGUGGCAUUCUACAUCUACUGGAACCUGAAGCCCUUCUCCAACCGCAAAUACCUGGUAGCCGAAGACUUCGAAGAAGUUCUGCCCCUUGAGCAGUCGCGCGAGGCUUUUCGAAUUCUGGACCAGGAUGCCAACGGGAAGCUAACUCCUCGGGAGCUCUGCCAGGGGGUGUGCGAGAUUUUCAGGGAGCGGACAAAUCUGGCAAUCCAGCUGAAGGAUACCAAGACGGUAGUGGGCCGACUGAAGUUUGUCAUCUCCAUCAUUCUGCACAUCCUCUUUGCCUUCUUCUACCUCACCAUCUACAAUGUGGACAUCCAGAAAGUGUGGCUGCUGUUCUCGUCUGUCGUUCUGGCGUUCGCAUUCGUAUUCGGAAACUCGAUCCGCCAGCUGUACGAGGCAGUCAUCUUCCUAUUUGUCAUCCACCCCUAUGACGUCGGCGACUGGCUCAUGAUCGACGGCAACCAAUACCAGGCAAGUUUAUAUCCCUUCCCCACCCUUGUUGAGGAGAUAAGCCUUGCAACGACCACCAUCAGGGGAGCAGACAUGGUGAGGCAGUACUACCCCAACACAAAGAUGACCGCAUCUUCCAUCGCAAAUCUCUCGCGCUCAGACAACAAGUACGAGAUAUUCAAGAUCCCGGUGGGCCUGGGCACUCCAAGCCAAGUGGUGGAGGCGGUGACUCGCCGUGUGGACGAGCAUUUGAAAUCGAACAAGCUGGAGUUUACGGGCAACCGGGACAUCGUGUUCAAGGAGAUUACGGAGACGAUGCCCAUCCGCAUGCUCAUCCUGGUCGCAGUGCAGAUGUCUCACACCGGCUCGGACGUGGGACGAACGCUGCGCGCGCGGUCGGCGAUUCUGACUGUGGUCAAUGACACGCUGCAAGGCAUGGGCGUGUUCAAGGACGGGGAGCUGCAUGCCUUUGUCGAGGACGCCCCCUGA